AUGUUAGAUGUAUCUCAGCUUUUUGGCGUCCAUAUCUUGUUGACUUCCAACUCCACUUCGACAGCACUCAAUACUGAACCUUGUGACUGGCAUGAGUACCGACGGUGCAAAGUGUACUGGUCACAAGAGUGGCUCCACUCAACUCAGCUGAACAUCAGCAUUUGUAUCGCUCAGCUGAGUCAGACUUUCGCGAUGGACAAUGCAGGUCAGCUACAGUCUGGUGGCGGCUUCCUUUCCGUCCACCGAGCCUCGAAGUCGUGCAACUUGCCAGCUCAAGAAGAAGUGGACAGCAGAGGUGGAUAA